GAUCCGGUGAGAAUUCGGAACUUUGAGGUGGCCAAAUUCAGUAUCGAGUGCAUCAGCUUAAGUAUUGUCUCCUUCUUCCUAGUUGAAGUUUUUCUCAAGCUCUGUGUGUUUGGAAUUAAGCUUUAUACUCACAGCUUGAUUGAAACCAUUGACGCCUUGGUGAUCUGCAUUAGCUUUGGCAUUGACGUCUAUCUCAUUGUGACAGCCGGUCAACGUCAUUCACCUCAAACUUUAUCUGGAAGCAAUUCUUCCACCUCGAACUCAUCGACGGAAAGCAUUAACUCCCUACCGGAAGCAGCGGGAUUCCUCGUUUUGUUUCGACUGUGGCGUAUUGUUCGCAUUGCAAAUGCUAUUCUCAUCUCGGUGUCUGCAACCCAGGAGACAAAAAUCAAUGAAUUAAAAGCUGAACGUGAUAAGGCGACCUAUAGGGCAACUCAGUUGGAAGAUUACAUAAUUUCUCUUGGUCAUAAUAUUCCCUCUGAGAAAGUUUCACCAGCCCCAAUUUAG